AAGAAAAGAACAGAAGCAAGGAGUCGUGGACAAGGCAGCGACUCUUCAAUAAAACCAUCGGAGUCCUCUCUAGUAGAGAGAGAGAGUAGAGAGAGAUCAAUGGCGGGCGUAUCUCUCAAGUGUGGCGACUGUGGAACCCUCCUGAGAUCAGUGAAGGAAGCUCAAGAACACGCAGAGCUCACCAAGCACUCCAACUUCUUCGAAUCCAUCGAGCCCGUUCUCAACCUCCUCUGCUCCUCCUGCCUCAAACCCUGCCGCUCCAAAACCGAGAGUGAUUUGCACACGAAGAGGACUGGGCACCACGAAUUUGUGGACAGGACGUUGGAGACCGUGAAGCCAAUAAGUUUGGAUGUUCAGAAGGGCUGCAAAGGGGAUGUGGAGAUGGAAGAGUCUAGUAGUAGUAAUAAGCAUGAAGAAAUGGUUGUUCCAGAAGUUGACCAGAAGUUGCUUGAGGAACUUGAAGGAAUGGGAUUUCCUAAGGCAAGGGCGACCAGGGCACUUCAUUACUCUGCUUUUCCAGGUAAUGUUGGCCUUGAGGAUGCUGUGAAUUGGGCAGUUGAACAUGAAAAUGAUGCAGAUAUAGAUCAGAUGCUGAAGGUACCUCUCAACACCAAAACUGAGGCUCCCAAGCCUUCUCUUACUCCUGAAGAAACAAAGAUGAAAGCACAGGAACUAAAGGAGCAAGCUCGUAAGAAGAAAGAAGAGGAAGAGAAGCGAAUGGAAAGAGAGAGGGAGAAGGAGAGGAUUCGGGUGGGCAAAGAACUUCUUGAUGCGAAGCGAAUUGUGGAAGAAAAUGAAAGAAAACGUGUGGUGGCCUCGCGGAAAGCUGAGAAAGAGGAAGAGAAAAGAGCUAGGGAGAAAAUUCGACAAAAAUUGGAAGAGGAUAAGGCAGAAAGAAGGAGAAAGCUUGGAUUGCCACCAGAAGAUCCUGUUGUUGCAAAACCUUCGGCACCUGCUGUGGAGGAAAAGAAGAGCUUAGUGCCAGUCAGGCCUGCCACGAAGGCAGAACAAAUGAGAGAGUGCCUACGUUCUCUCAAGCAGAACCAUAAGGACAAUGAGGCCAAAGUAAAGAUGGCAUUUAAUACUCUUCUGACUUAUGCAAGGAAUGUUGCAACAAAUACCAAUGAGGAGAAAUUCCGAAAAAUUAGACUCAGUAAUGCCACCUUCCAGGCUAGAGUUGGUGCGUUGAAAGGUGGCAUCAAGUUUCUUGAGUUGUGUGGGUUUAAGAAAAUUGAUGGCGGUGAGUUCUUGUUUCUACCCAGAGACAAAGUUGAUAUGGCAGUGCUGAACUCAGCUGGCACUGAACUGAAUAGUGCAAUAAACAAUCCCUUCUUUGGUGUUCUCUAAUCCCAUACUUUUUAGGUUGAAAACACACACUGUAGAGAAGAUGGUUGUUUUAAAUACCUCCUUAUAAUUCAAUUGGAAUGCACUGGGAAUUUCUUG